CCUUCUCGGCAACGGACGUGGCGUUGUCGGUGCAGGUGAUAGAGAUUGGAUCAUUUUCUUCUCCCUCUUUUGCCACAUCUCACGAGACAAGAGUGAAGAAAUCGGACUGAACCAACCAGAGAGAGAGAGAGAGAGAGCGAUAUUAUCCGAAACGGAAACUGGUGGUUCCGAAGCUACGAACGCUCUCGUCGAUUGUUCUGGAUGGUUGCAGAGAGAACAAUGGAGGCUCAGUAUAUACGAAGGCACCACAGGCACCAGUCGGAAGCGAAUCAGUGCUCUUCUGCUCUCAUCAAGCACAUCAAAGCCCCCGUUGAUCUCGUCUGGUCUCUGGUGAGGAGUUUUGAUCAACCACAGAAGUAUAAGCCCUUUGUCAGCAGGUGUACCGUGCAAGGUGACCUAAAGAUUGGGAGUCUCAGACAGGUAAAUGUGAAGUCAGGCCUUCCAGCCACAACGAGCACUGAAAGAUUGGAACUGCUUGACGAUGACGAACACAUCCUUGGAGUCAGGAUUGUUGGCGGUGAUCACAGGCUACAGAACUACUCUUCCAUCUUAACCGUGCAUCCAGAGAUGAUUGAUGGAAGACCAGGUACUUUAGUGAUCGAGUCAUUUGUAGUGGACGUGCCUGUUGGGAACACUAUAGAUGAGACAUGCUUUUUUGUUAAGACCAUGAUCAACUGCAAUCUCAAAUCUUUGGCUGAUGUCUCGGAGAGGAUGGCCAUUCAGUCUGGACCCCUCAAUCAAGCCUGAGUUGGUUAGCAAGAUCUCUGAGGAGCACCGGAUGCUCUCUUACGGAAUGCUUGUAGUUUUCCUAAAGCUGUGUGUUCAACAAUUGGAGCAUAUGUUCGGCCCUCACAGAUGUAUUGCACACAAUCUUGCGCAUAGCUUUGUCAUUUCCACUCACUUUUGGAUUUACUUGUGGCCUCAUCCUUGUUUGUUUCUCUCGCAAUUUGGCUUUCAAAAAACCCCAGUUCUCUUUCACGGUUACUUUCCUUGGUUUGGACCAUCGUGGCAUGUAAGCUAUUAGCGGCGUUGUUUGUAAAUAUAUAGGGAAAAGUUUUCUUAGUAACUGCAUGUUCAUGUUGAAGGUGAAUCGACAACAGGUGUGUUUCUUGGUUUCA